CAAGAUGGCCGUGUAAAGUUUGUACUUUUCUGGAGUGAUUGUAAAAUUUUUUGUCAUUUUGUCAAUUGUGUGGUGUGUUUUCGCUGGAUUUCCCAUCGCCAUCGUGAGCUCGAGAGUCCGUGCAAGAAGGGGCAAUCGCAAAACUGUACCCAGUGUUGCUCUAUAGCGAGGUGUUGGCGUGUGAAAAAAUGUUUUCCUAACGCGAAAACAGAGCAGGGAGACUCCAGCAAGUCUGAGAGAUUGUCUUAUGGCUGCAGCCAGUGCGGGUGUAAAGGGCCAAGGAGGGCCCCUGACCGGUAGUGGAGGCGCCCCCGGAAAGGGCCAAAUGCUGCAACGCCAGAUCCAUUGUCAUUCCCAGACCCAGGAUCCCUCACCAACCUGGGUGCGUCUCAUCACGAGCGGCGACAUCAUCUACGUGAGUCCCAGCGGAGAAGCGCUUAAAUCCAUUGAACAGGUGAAAGAAUACCUCUUGCGGCCAGGCACGUGUAAAUGUGGUCUGCCAUGUCCUUUACGUCCUGACUUGUACUUCAACUUUGACCCCAAGUCGCAGUGUCAUCUGGAGACGAUGCCUCGGAUUCCUGGCGCUUGUCUUCAUCAGGCUCGUUUGCGACAGGAGGUGGAUGUGAAGACACACUAUCAGGGCGUGAGUGGAUCUUUUCCCAUGGACAACAAGUUGUCCAAUUUGACACUGUCUAGAGCGCCUCCGUGGCGCAAAUCAGCCCCGGUGAAUCAGGAAUUUGAGAGAGUUCCACCAUUGCAUCCGCAACAGAGAGAUAAUAAUCAGCCGCCGUGGCAGGAGGAGAAGCGAUUGCAGCGCACCAGGAAUGUGGCGAAUGCGUCUGCGGCGAAGAAGAGGCCCAACUUCAAGGACGAUCCCACAGGAUAUCUCGAUCAUCAGACAGCAAUUCUGCACAGUUCCAUCUUGAAUGUGCACAGUCCUGAUUUGAGUCAGUUUGAUGCGCAGCAAGAGGAGAUUCCGGAGCCUCAGACGACGCUAAAGAGGCAAAUUGUGAGGCAGCAAGUGCCACAGAUGAUCCAGAUGGAUGGUCAGAUGAUGAUUCAGCAGUCUGGCCAGAAGAUCGUGAUAAAUGAUCAAAUCCCAGGACAAACGGUGACGCAUUUGCCCAAUGGAAUGGUGCAAAUUCACCAGAAUACUGCCGAUGGGAGUCUCGGGAAGAUGGUGAGGAAGGAGACACUGAUCUGUGCUGCCAGUCAGGAGAGUCCAGUGUCAUCGAGUACGGCAUUUUAUGGGAGUGAGAACACUGGAACAUCACCGUCGGAACUAAGACAACCCGUCCAGGGUGGAAUGAUAACCACUAGCAAUGAUAUGCCCAGUAGUUCUUCACCAGAAUUGUAUCCUCGUGCUGUUGCCUCGGGUCACACAGUGGCCAAGAACACGAUAACGUCGGUGUUGGCGGGAAAAGCUGCCACGACGACGUGUACGAGUCAAGUGGGUCGUCUGGAGACAACGGCUCCGCAGUUUAUCAGCACAGCACCUGGUCAAAGCUAUGCUGGAGGGCAAAUUCAGCAGAAUCAGUUAAUCAUGACGUCUUCGGGGCAGUUUUUGGUGAUGCCGACAAAUCAGGGUGGGCAGCAGAGCGCCCCCAAAGUGGUGAUAAACAAUCCUCAUGUGGUGAACACGGGACAGCAGAUAGUCAAUGGGAGUCUGCUGUCGGGGAAUAUUGAGAUUGUCAAUGGGCAGGAGCAGACGUCGACCAGGACGACGGGUAAUGUGGUGAUUCAGGGUGGACAGAAUCUCAUUCCAGCCGGACAGAAUAUCAUCUCGAAUGCUGGAAAUUCGUUUAUUGUGAAUUCCGGCACGGCUGGCCAGGUGCAGUCGGUGAUCUUGAACAAUUCUAAUAUGAUACCCGCGGGCGGGAUGUCACCGGCCACGGGGAAGGUCAUCCAGAAUGGUGGAAGUGUGAAUCAGCUGAUAAACAAUGGCACAAUGGUGCUGAACACGCUGCCUAGUGGCUUUGUGGUGCAGCAGCCGGCACAGAACUUCGCCACGUCCACUGUGGCGCUGGAUGGGGGCGUGGUGGAUACGACUGGGGCCACGACGUAUCUGCAGCAGCGGACGGUGCUGCUGUCGCCGUCAGAGGUGAAGCGGAAGGUGAAGAAGAGGAAGAGUAUGAGUAGUCCACAGAAUGUCUCACCGCAGAUUUCGCCGCAGUUGCAGAUGGUGGGGGCGCCACACUAUACGGCCGCUCAGCAGCCGCCGUAUCAGAUUGGUGGUCAGCUAUCGCAACUCACCAUUGUGCCGGCUGGAAAGGGUGCCACGACAAGUGCCCCGGCGCCCCAGCAGCAGAUCAUUGUCCAUCAGAAUGGGCAGACAAUUCUGCAACCGGUGAAUCUCAUUGGGCAGCAACUGCUCGUGCCGGCGGGUCUGGUGGUGACGCCGGCGCCCACAGAGACGCUCCUUCAGAUCCAAAACAUGCCGCAGAAUCUCAUCACGCCACCACAACAGAUGGUCUUGCGGGCGCCAAGUCCGCAGGGUGGAAAGGCCUUCCUCAGUCCCAAUUCUGCUGCACAGCAGUUUAUAGUGUCUGGCAAUGGGCAGGUGAGUCCUCUGGGACAGAUUUACAGCACCCCAGCGGCUGGUACGAUGGGGCUCAUGGUGCCGCAAACGAGUCAGAAUCAGACAUUCGUGCAGCAGAAUACAACGAUUGUUCAGCAGCAGACGACACUGCUGGGCGCCAAUGGGCAGAAGCAGUCCAUGGAUAUGGAGGAGCAACACCAGGCGCUGCAGGGCACCUCCUCGCCUCCCGACACCACCACCUACAGCCCGCAGAGUCCCGAUCGUCCGGCCAGCGAGCGCAGUGUGGAGAGUGACAGCAACAUGGUGCAGUGCGUGUCGAGUUCAGAGCCAGACUCGAUGAUUUCGCCAAUGGUGGAUGGAAUGGAGAGUCAGCUGGGCCAUCAUCAUCAUCAACAUCAUCAGCAUCAGGAGUUCAGAAGUGGGCAGCAGAAUUUCCAGCAGCACCAGCAUGUCUUUAAGCCAUCUGAUGCGAAGGUGAGACGCCUCCAGAGUUCAUCGAUUGGCAUCCCAGUUUAUCGAAAUCCAUCCAAGAUGAAGAUGAGUGAUUUAAGUGGUCAUCCUCAGUGACGUGGCCAGGAAAUAUAUAAUUUAUAUAUAUUUGAUAAAUAGAAUCUUUGUGGAAUGAGGAAAGAUUUAAAAAAAAAAGAUUUAACUUUUUAAAUUGUAAAAUAAUGUACAAAAUGUUUUAUCUUAACACUUUUUUCUUUGGCUUUUCUGGUAGGAAUUGUGGAAGUUUAUUUCUAAAGGAGAAACUUCGCGGUUUUCUUUUUGUAAUGUUUUUAGUGCUGAGUAAAAACAUUUGAGCAUAAUUAGGAGUUGUUGUAACAUUUUUUAUAUCAAUUUCUUUUACUGUUUAAUGGUAUAAACAGGCGCAGAUGAUAAGAAAUUCGAGAUCAAGUAGAUGUAAAACUACACUGGCUUAGAUUUUUCCAAGUAACACAUAGGACAUAUUUAUAAAACAAGAGAGAGAGAGAGAAAGUAACAUUUGUCAUUUUUUCUAUUACAAUGAAACAUUUAUAGAAAUAGUUUGUACAAAUUAUUUUAUAAAGAAGAAAAA